UGUCAUCCUGCAUUACCACCUAUAAGAAGACACCACCUCCAGUCCCACCAAGAACCACCACCAAGCCGUUCAUUUCCAUCACAGCCCAGAGCAGCACAGAGUCUGCCCAGGACGCCUACAUGGACGGGCACGGGCAGAGGGGAGAUAUCAUCAGUCAGUCUGGACUUAGCAACUCCACGGAGAGCCUGGACAGCAUGAAGGCACUAACAGCUGCUAUCGAGGCCGCCAACGCCCAGAUCCACGGCCCCGCGAGCCAGCACGUGGGGAACAACACUGCCACUGUCACCACCACCACCACCAUCGCCACCGUCGCCGUCGAGGACCGAAAGAAGGACCACUUCAAGAAGAACAGAUGCUUAUCCAUUGGCAUCCAGGUUGAUGGUGCUGAAGAAUCCACCAUAUCAGGGGAAAAUAAAGCAACCAGUAAGUUCCAGUCCAUAGGAGUUCAAGUAGAGGAGGAGAAGUGCUUCCGCAGGUUUACACGGUCCAACAGCGUCACGACAGCCGUGCAGGCAGACCUGGAUUUCCAUGAGAACUUUGAGAUAAUGGAGCCUCAAGAGGACAACACGUGUUCUGGACAGAUCUCCAGGCAGUUCUCCCGGGACGCGAGCACCUCCACCGUCAGCAUACAGGGGUCAGGAAACCACUACCACGCCUGUGCAGUGGAUGAUGACUUUGAGACAGAUUUUGACCCGUCAAUUUUACCUCCUCCUGACCCCUGGAUUGACUCUAUCACCGAAGAUCCUCUGGAAGCUGUUCAAAGGUCAGUGUGCCCACGAGAUGGCCACUGGUUUCUGAAGCUCCUUCAGGCAGAGAGGGAUCGUAUGGAGGGCUGGUGCCAGCAGAUGGAGAGAGAAGAACGGGAGAACAACCUACCUGAGGACA